AUGCGGAGACCCCGAGGAAAGCGCAGCGCCCCGAGCUACCUUAGGAGAGAGCAGAGCUGGGAACGGGGGACGCCGGAGGCCCCGGGAAGGCCAGGAGACCGGAGCGCCCUACAGGGCGGGGCGGGGCGGGGCGGGGCGGAGCAAUCUAGCUGCGUAACAGGCUGCGCAAAGGCCUCCGGGAAGCCGGAAGUGAAGCUCGCCGCCAGUUUCUCCCCUCCUCCACGUCCAAAGCUUUCUCUGACUGCUCUCAGUAGCCGAUUGCGGGACUCCCUCCAGACCGCGCCUGCAGCCUCGGGAGCCUGGAGUGCCCGGGAUGGCCUUGGAGAGGGACAGACUCGCAGCCCAGGGCUUCCAGCUCCCCCACAAGAAGUGAUCUCUUAUUUGGAGCAGAGGGAAGUCCAGUGCAUGCUGAAGCCAGAAGGCCUACAGAGCUGCUGCCCAGAAGGAGAGAUUAGACCUGAAAUGAAGGCAAAUUCAACAGAGGGUAGCUAUCCUGUGGAAGAAAUGGACUUACAAAGAUUCAUGCAUAAACGUCCUGAUAACUUUGCUUCUAGGGAAUUCUGUGUUGCCCAUCAAAAUUCAUCACAUAUUGAACAUCAAAGAAUGCAACCUGAGGAAAAAUCUAGUGAAAAUAAUCAGUGUAGAAAGAAUUUUAUACACAGAUCCAGUGUUGUUGGACAUGACAGAAUCCAUACUAGCAAGGAAUCUUAUGAUUGCAAACAAUAUGGAAAUACAUUCAAUGAGAGCUCCAGUUUUGCUAUACAUCAGAGAUUGCACACUGGGGAGAAACUUUAUGAAUGCAAGCAAUGUGGGAAGACAUUCAAUCAGAGGUCCCAUCUUGCUGUACAUCAGAGGAUGCACACUUUGGAGAAACCUUAUGAAUGCAAGCAAUGUGGAAAGACUUUCAAGCAGAUGUCCUAUGUUGCAGUACAUCAGAGAAUGCACACUGGGGAGAAACCUUAUGAAUGCAUGGAAUGCGGAAAGACAUUCAAUACGAGGUCCCAUCUUGCAGUACAUCAUAGAAUACAUACUGGGGAGAAACCUUAUGAAUGCAAGCAAUGUGGAAAGAAAUUCAAGGUGAGGUCCCAUCUUGUUCAGCAUCAGAGAUUGCACACUGGGGAGAAACCUUAUGAAUGCAAGCAGUGUCAAAAGACAUUUACUUCCGCCCUCGGUCUUGCUACACACCUGAGAAUCCACAGUGGGGAGAAACCUUUUGAAUGCAAGCAGUGUGGAAGGACUUUCACCUGUAAUUCCAAUCUUUCUAGACAUCAGAGAAUACACACUGGCGAGAAACCUUAUGAAUGCAAACACUGUGGAAAGACAUUCACUUGCACCACCAGUCUUAUUGUACAUCAGAGAAUGCACACUGGGGAGAAACCUUAUGAAUGCAAACAGUGUGGAAAGAAAUUCACUUCCACCUCCAGUCUUACUGUACAUCAGAGAAUACACACUGGGGAGAAACCUUAUGAAUGCAAUCAGUGUGGAAAGGCAUUCACUCGCAUCUCCAGUCUUUCUCUACAUCAGAGAGUGCACACUGGGGAGAGGCCUUAUGAAUGCAAUCAGUGUGGAAAGACAUUCAAUCAGAUGUCUCAUCUUGCUGUACAUCAGAGACUACACACUGGGGAGAGGCCUUAUGAAUGCAAGGAAUGUGGAAAAACAUUCAAUCAGAGGUCCCAUCUUGUUAUACAUCAGAGAAUGAACUCUGGGGAGAAACCUUAUGAAUGCAAUCAGUGUGGAAUGACUUUCAUGUGCUCCUCCAGUCUUGAUGUACAUCAGAGAAUCCACACUGGAAUGAAAUCUUAUGAGUGUAACUAAUGUGGAAAGACAUUCCCUCGCACCUCCAAACUUGUACAUCAGAGAAUCCACACCGGGGAGAAACCUUAUAAAUGCAAGCAAUGUGGAAAGGCAUUCAAUUAGAAGUCCAAUCUUGUUACACAUCAGAGAAGCCAUCGGGGAGAAGUCUUGUGACUGCCAGUAGUGUGGGAAGACAUUUAGUUGUGGCUUCAAUCAUGCUAUAUGUGAAAACCACACUAGUGAGAAAAUUCAAAAAUGAAAACUGUGUGGAAAGGUGUUCAUAUUCAGCUCCAGUCUUACUAUGUUGUGGAGGAACUUUUCCUCCAUUUUGGGAGAGCAUUGUGGAAUUAGAAAUAUGCUUCCCUAAAAACUGAUUCCCAACAUAGCAUUUAUCUUGUUCUUACAUGCUGGCAUAGACAGGAUAUAAUUUUGUUGGAGCCCUUACCUCUCACGCUUCUCUACCUGUCAGAGUAGCUGAGAACAUUGGGAUAUUUCAGCAGCUAGAAAAACUCAAGUUAUGUGGUUCUAUUUUAAAACUAAUUGAAUAUUGUGUGUUAAUCCAAAUCUCAUGUGUUUUAAAAUAAUCAACAAAUAGUAUAUAUAUAUCAGGAUACAGGCACUGAAUUUAAGGGUACUUUUGUUAAAUUUCAAUAUCUGGUGUUAUAGAACUUUAUUUACUAUUCAGAAAGGAAUGAAUUGACACUGCAGUGGAGUCUGCAGAACUCCAAAUUCAACUUUAGACUCAAGCUUCCUUAACCUCCCUAGUGUCACCGUCCACCCACAUUCCAUAGGUCACAUCUCUGUGAUCUCCCAUAUUGAGGUAGAGUUCUGCACUGAGCAUAGUGUGAAUCAUAAAACUGCUCAGACUCUACUUCAGAAGAUUUGAGUAAGCUUUUCCCCAUUUUUUACAAUGGAGGUACUUGGUCGGGAAUGUAUUGAGAACGUUAAAAUUUCUCCACCCUGCUCAGACAGUGCCUUAGGGGAAGAUAAAGUUGCAAAUUCUUGAUUGAACAAUGAAAAGUCCCCAACUCAUACUUAUAGUGAAGCAAAAACCCCAAGUUAGGUGGUCUAUUUUUAGAUCUAAUACAAAAGGGUGCUAAGUACCCAUUAAAGCUUAAUCACUAAUAGGUCAAGCAACUUACAAAAGGCAAGCUUAACAAAAGAUGUGUGAUGGUUUAGUUUACCCAGAGAAGGUGAGAACUAAAGAGUGGUGAGAAGUAAGAAUGGGCAGUCCAGGGAAAAAGCGCCCACUGUGAUUGGUAGAUAUGAAAAUUUAGGGGAGGUGACAUGAGAAAAUUUCUUUAAAAGGAGAAUUCAGUUCAGGUUAGUGGUAGUUCAGUUACAAAGUUGAAUUGGAGCUCUGAACUCAGUUCAGGAGUUGAGGAUUUCAGUGGAGGACUGCAGCUUGCUUGAGACUAUCUUGUGGUGAGUGAUAAAGACUGACUCGUGUUUCCUUAAGGCUCAGGCCUAGGCCCUUUCUACUAUUUUUUCUCUUCCCUUAAUUCCUUCAUUUAUAUUAAUUAAAAUCUCCAUAAAACUCAGUUGACUUGGGAAUUUUCAUAUUUGGGAAUUUUCCCAUGGUGACAACUUAACUUUAAUAUAAAUCAAGACACUAAAAAUUAUCUUUACAGUUUGGCUGAAUCCUUUACAGUUUUGGCAAUUGACAGUCUUGGAAAACCCACAUUUUUGUGGUUAUAAUAGUGUGUAGGAAUCUCAUUUAGACUGUGUUGUAGAGAGUGGGCAGGCCAAAAUGGUAAGGCUAUCUAUGGAGAUGAAUUUCUCCCUUGAAUUUGAGGAUAUUCUUGGUAAUUGAAAGGAUCAGUGCUGCUAGGAAUGAGUUAUUUGAGAUAAGUAAUUGGUUGCCCUUCCAUAGAGUUGACCAUUCUUGCAAUUCUAUUUCCUGUCUGUACUUUGGAGGAGUAACCUUCCUUGCCCUCCCAUCUAUUGGUAAAAUGCCAGAGGCUUAGUGUUUCCAGGUAGCUACUUUCAGGCCACAUGGCUAGGGGCAAAAAUAAGGUUUAAAUGGCUACUAUGCUUGAAACCACAUGGAGGCUUGAAAAGAGUAGACUACAGAGAGCAAAAUAGGGCUAAAAUCUGUUAAUUUUGCCUCAGUAAUCAAUACCAUCUGAAACUCUUCCUUCAGUUUUCUGGAAUUUUAAUCUGGAGAUAGAAUCUUGUUAGGGUAUCUGGGUUGCUUCCCACCAAAGUGAAAGAAGCCAGGAGGGUUAGAAUCCAAUUGUUGCUAAAACACACAUAUACACUUGGCUUAAGGGCUCACAGUGAACAAUGGCUGUCCAGCCACUGACAAUGUAAAGGAAAGGGAUUUCUACUUUCCCAGCUUCAAGAGACCAGCACCAAGGACUUCCAGCUUAUAGCAGCAGCGAUAGUAACAGCAGCAGUAAGAACAGCAGCAGGAGGAACACUCAAGUAGUGAGGAAGGGAGGGAGGAGAAGGCAACAUCAGCAAAGCCCAGAAAACUGGCACAAGGCCAUGGCAGAGGAAACAUGCUUUCUUUUCAAACUAAUCUAGUUAGAAUGAAGAAUUCUGGACCCUAUUUCUGUGGUCACCAUAAAUGUAAGAUUUAGAUUAAUAUCCAAUGCCUGAAUUAUAUUUUUACAAAGUUUAUUAUCCAAUAGUAGGACCAUGUGACUAAGUCGUAUAAAAAUUAAAUCUUAAUAAUAAAAAUAUAUUUUAAGGAUUUAUUUGUGAUCAUUAGAAAUCAAGGAAUAAAGAGGAUACAAAAUAAAGACCACUUGUGAAUGGCUGAUCAGCCAUUUCAAAACCCUUCCCUCACCACUGCGACCAUAUUCACUGCUUCCUCUGGAAGUGGAAUGGAGACUUGGAGGAGAUGUGACCAAGAAUCUUGAUCAUUCUGGUGGAAGUGUAUAGUAAGCUGAAGAGUUCCAAAUGAGAGAUGCUCUCUCUUGGGAGCCAUCUAGGAGUAUGAUGCCCUGGAAUCAAUUUCCCAGCUCCUUCGGUAUGUGUUCAUCAUAGCCCAUCCAUUCAAAUUUUUACAAAUGUGGGAGGUCAGGAUUAUAAUUGUACUUCAUUUCAGCUACUAAAAUUGACCCUUUACACCUCAUUACAAAUAACUCACAGACAGGCAAAAUUGUCAUAAUUGUUCAAAGAAAAAAUCUUAAAUUCAUGCUUGAAGACCCCCUAAAAUCAAUUUGACAUAUUUAACUCAUUAAAUUUUCCAAAGGGUGUUAUAUAAUUGUAACCAGUUUUGAUGAAGUCCAUCUAUCACCUAUGCGACAAUUAACAAUAAAAAGCUGUUUUUUUUUUUUCCCAUGGGUUUAUUCAAUAUUUGUUCAGUAUCAUUAUAGGGGAAAGGUAACAGAAUACAACAGUAGUUAAAACACAGUAGAUUAAAAUGAGUCAGUGUAACGGAAUAGUAUUGACCAGAUUAAUGUAUGAACUUGAAACAACAAAAUUAAAUCUUAAAGCAGACAAUAAGCAAAGUGCAAUAAAAUAGACUUUCAUAAACCAGUGGAGUCUGAAAAGGCUUAAAAUUUUUCACCUCCAGUCUCUUUAUAUCUGUUCAGAUUUCCUUUUUUUUUAAACCCUUACCUUCCAUCUUCAAAUCAUUACUAUGUAUUGGUUCCAAGGCAGAAGAGGGGUAAGGGCUAGGCAAUAGGGGUUAAGUAUUGUAAAAAUGGAGAUUUGAACCCCAGACUUUAAUCCCCAGAUGUCCUUGGUACUUCCUAAAGUUCCACCGAUUCUCACCUGAGUUUGAGAUCACCAAUUCUUUAAGGGGGCUCUCUGCCAACUUGCUCUCUCUCCCUACUUCCGCUUCUUAUCACAUGCGGCUCUCUACCAGGUAGGCAAGAUGUAGAGUGAGUGGUUGUAAAUGGGAUCUCUGGGCCUAGACUCAUGCUUUCUAUAUUUGUAUUUUAUUUCUUAAUUUUUAAUAAACCUCUAAAAAAUACCUUUA